GACAACUCUAUCUUCAGCCAUGACAACUGUUGUAUUGAAAUCGUUGUGCAUUCUGCUCUGUGCGGUGUUCAUCUCUGCUCAAGUCAUGCCUAUGCCUGACUUCGACCUGGAAAUGAUGGGAGGAAAGUGGUAUCUCGUUGGCUUUGCUACAAAUGCAGAAAGGUUUGUCACACAUCACAAGGCUGACAUGAAGAUGGCAACUGCCGUAAUGGUGCCUACUGAAGAUGGAGACCUUGACCUCAGUUACAGUCAUCUAAAGAGUGAUGGUUCCUGCUUCAGGAUGCAUCAUCUUGCCAAGAAAACUGAGAUUCCUGGACGCUUUGUCUUCAACAACGAGCUUUGGGGAAAUUUCAAUGAUAUGUGUGUGGUUGAUGCCAAAUUUGAUGAGUAUGCUAUUGUUCACACCAUCAAGACCAAGGAAGGGGAAUCUGAGAUUCUCAACAAACUUCACACUCGUACCAGAAAAAUAACUGAUGACUUGAAGGAGAAGUUUAAGCAGUUCUCCCUAGACACCGGCAUCCUUGAGGAAAACAUCGCCAUAUUGCCAAUGAACGGUGAAUGCUCAGAUGCUAAAGUAUCUCCUAAAUCAAAGAAAAUCUCAAACAACUUCAACUGGUCCAAUCAUUUCAACUGAAAAUAAAUACCCUGAAUUGAUGGCCUCCUAUCUGCUUGUUUUUGAUCUCUUUCACUUUGUACGGAUGGAAAGUUUUAGUGCUUUAAAUACAUUUAGAUUCUGCGCAUGUGAUAAUAAAUUAAUUUCAUAUAGUGCUUCUCCAAAUGAAAUUUCAAGUAGCACCAUAUGGUAGGAGAAUGCAAAGUGUAGGGGUUUUGUCUGAAUUUUGUGUCAGUAAUGUCAGACGAUUAAUAUGUCACACCUGUCAUUUAUUUUAUUUUUUUU